UCGUUUCAAAUAGCAAAGUGUUGGCGCCACCAAAAGAUAUUUGAAACGACGGAAGUUGUAUUUAGGUAUCGUGUUAGGAUAAAAAUUUUGUGCGAAACAUUUUUCACUACUGUUGUAAGUUAAUAAAUCUUUUACAAUAAACAAUUUUAUGAUUUAUUCAAUCACUCUACCGAAAAGGAAGGAUCGCGACGUGUAGUAACUUUAUUAAACAGUUGGAGAAUAGUAUCAUAGUGAAAUAUAGUGGAAAAGCGUUGCGGUGUUCUGCGAUCCUGUCAUAUGCUGCGGCUGCUCUGCUGUGUUUGACGUGCGGUGCGACUGUGAGUGAGAAAGUAUCGGAUAAUAAUGGCGGACGAAGAACUACCAGCGGGCUGGGAGAAACGUUUGAGUAGAUCAACCGGGCAACAUUAUUAUUUAAAUAUUUAUACUAAAGAAAGUCAAUGGGACAGGCCAGACAAACCAGCUGAUCCAUCUGGGAAUAGUAAAGGGGAUGGGCCAGAGGAAGUUCAGUGUUCACAUUUGUUAGUAAAACAUGCGGGUUCUAGGAGACCGUCCUCCUGGCGAGAGGAGAACAUCACCAGAUCGAAAGAAGAGGCGCUCGAACUUAUAAAAUCUUACAGAGAACAAAUUGUAUCCGGGGAAGCAACGUUUGCCGAACUCGCGUCGAUAUAUAGUGAUUGUAGUUCGGCCAAACGCGGUGGUGAUCUGGGACCAUUUAGUCGAGGUGCGAUGCAAAAGCCUUUCGAACAAGCGGCGUUCGCUCUUAAAGUCGGCGAAUUGUCAUCGCCGGUUCACACGGACAGCGGUAUCCAUAUCAUCCAGCGAACAGCAUAAGAAAACGCUAAUAUCAAAUAAAGUAUUAAAUUCUUCAAAAAAAUCAAUUCCCUCAGUUUUGCUGGUAAAGUAUGUUUAUACUUAUGAUAGAUAGAAGAUUUUCCUAAUUACAUUCAGAUCGACGUAUACGUGUUUAAUUAUAAAGCGAAGGGUUUUACGUGUGUACAAGGUUCGUUUUUCUUACGACUUAAAGUCUUACAUAUUUAUGUCUUCCAUCAGCCUUAGCCAACGUUUUAUACCGUGGGAUCCUGAUUUCAAGUCAUUUUAUGGAUCUCUGCGUAAUAGAGCGAACAGACAGUUUUAGAGAGUGACGCAGGACAGAUAAACUCCAGAUACACCUUCGGAAAUAAUUCUAAUUCUAUUCGUUCAGCUUACGUUCUUUAAAUAUAACGCGAGAUCGAAAAUCGUGUCAUUCUACGUUUCCCAUUUAAAGAAGUUAUUUAUCUUCGCACUUUAAAAGUUUGUUCUAAGCUAAAAGUGUUCACGUUUCUUCCAGCAGCUUAACGAGUCGGUUUAGAUAUUUGUGAACCAUGCGAAUAAAAGAGCACAACAAACAAAUUUCGUUAUACUUCUUCCUAUCGUAGUAGGAAAUUUAGUUGUCGAUCGAAUCAGAUCAUAUAUUUGAGCCACGUGAGAUUCGACGUAGACAUUGAGAGCACGUAUAAUCUGAUAACUUUUGCUCAAAUAUAGAUUAAUAUUUACAUUUAUAGUUCUUGGCAUUAUCAUUUUAAUUUAUUUUGUAAAUGAGUAUAUCACGUUUUAUUAUUCACACCGUGUUAAAUACGCACUUAAAGUGCAACGCAAUUGGCAUACUUCUGUCUCCUCUAAAUAUACAGAUCAUGAGUUUCAAUCGUUCUUUCACAUUUAUUACAGAUCAUUUCCUCGAAAUUCAAAUCCAUAGAGGUAUUUGAAUCAACUGAACAUACAUCACGCGUCAUUUUUAUUGUGUCUCAAUCAUGUUGUAGGAAUACAUUUUUAAUCUCGAUUUAAUGUAAGCCAAUCUCUUUCGCUUAUCAAUAAUGUUUGCAAUAUUCUUAAUAUUUCUAGUCUGCCGUUCGCGAUGAGAAUUUAAUGUAUUUCUAAGAACUGUGAAUAUUUAUGGAAUACAUUCUACUUAUUGUACUAAGAUAUGUGUUACGUCCGCAAUAAUUAUUUACUUAUCGAUUAAAUUUAAUUUAAUCCA